AUGGCAAGCGACAUCGAUACAACAACAUUGCACGAGCUAGUAACGAGAAGCUUCUGCAGAACGCCCAAUGGAUUGAUCUUCACUUAUGAUUUAAAAACUGUGUACUCUGUGUUUUUAAUAUGCCUCAAUUUACAGGACGAUAGUGGUAAAAAAUCAAAGAAAUGGCUACCAAGCUUUCCAAAAACGACCUACAGAUUUGCAUUCUCAGUGGAAGAAGCUAUGGAAAGAAUGAGAAACUUGGAGCUUCAAGUUGAUAUAGGCACAACUUGUGUUAACAUUUCAUACAAAAUUCAUGCCGAAUUGGCAUUCCAUUUGUUGGAAAUCUUUAUGACAGCUAAAUUGUUGCAUACACCAGCUGACAGAACCCGCACAAGUCCGAAGGAGAAAGUGCUAUUACAACCAACGCCAAAGGGCGUUAGUGUUUUACAAAAAUAUGUUAGAGAUAUCGGUUUAAAAGAAAUUCCGAAACUACUGUUGAGCGACUUCAAUUCUAUGGACCUAUUUAUAUUUGAAAGAAAUCCUGCAAAUGACUCAAUAAUACACAGUGAUAGUUUAGUGCGUUUGCUUUUCACCAAGUUGAUGGGUCCAUCGCCAAAUGUUUGGUCGCCAACGAAGCCCCAAGAUAAAGUUGCCUCAUUGUCUAAACUCUUAGAGUACAACAACGACGUAUUUAGCUUCGAAAGUGUUAAAUACAGACCAUUUCAAAGCAAAACAAGUUUUGAAGGAAUUGAAGGUGAUCAGUCAGAUGUAGAGACGGAAUCAAGCUUUAAAGAUGAAAACCGAGCAUCUCCUUUCUUCCAUAAAUUUUUCACCAAUCCGGACUCAGACUCUCAUAUUCAAUAUUAUGUUUCUGAUGGCGGUUUGAGAGUAUUCAAGUCUAAGGUGUUUGGCCAAAAAAAAACCUUAAUUGAUUUCUGUUUUACUACCAAGGCAUUUUGGCAAUGGAUAAUGGACUGUACAGAUGUUAUGUAUCCAAAGGAGGCGGUUUCAGUAGCGGCACUUUUCUUGAAAGCCGGAUUAAUCGUGCCGAUUCUUCUACCACCAUCGGAAAACUGUAGAAAAAGGUUUCACGUUAGUAGAUCGUCUUUUUAUACGCUGAGUCAGCGCGGUUGGGAAUGUAUUCAGUGGAACAGCGAAAGUGGAAUCAAGAGAUCAAUUGAUACUGUAUCAAGCAAGAGACCAGAUGCACUUCAAAUAAAAGUUCGUGAUAAAGAAUGGACUGAUCGGGAAGAUGUGUAUGGAGUUCAAAGCUCAGGAUCGGAUGAAGAAGAUUUAGAUUUUGCGAAUAAUUUUCAGUUCAAGAGUAUGAAGGAUGUUUUGAGUGAUCCAGGAAUGAGGUAUUUGUUCAGGAGACAUUUAGAGAAUGACUUUUGUGCGGAAAAUCUCGACGCAUAUAUGGAAAUUCAGAAGUUGCUGAAAAAAAUGGAUUUAUUGGAGAAAGCUCUCAGUUCGAAAGCUGUUGAAGGCGUUAGAUUUCCAGAAACUAUGAGAGCUUCAAGGGGUAACAUAAGGGCCACUGUCGACACGGCCUUUUCCAGGCAUGCUAAUGAGUGCUUAGAAAUGGCAUAUCACAUAUAUUCCUCCUAUAUAAUGGUCAACUCUCCCUAUCAGCUUAAUAUCGACCAUCACCUACGCGAAUCUAUAAGCAGAAUAAUGCUACAUCCAAGAUCUCCCUUAACUGAAAAAUCCCCCACAAUUCCUAAUUUUGAUGAUGAUAUUUUUGAAGAUGCCAAAUCAUCUCCGAUGACACCAGUGGAAAGCCCUCUGCUCGAUUUAUCAACACAUUGCGUUAUAAAAAAAAGCUCUGGAGAAGGUAGCGCUGAGCAAAAUAUAAAGAAUGAGUUGGGAAAAAAAUUGAAUGUUUGCGAUGAUAGCGUUGCCAAAUUUAGCCCCAAUUUUAGUGACUCUCACACUGAGUGUUCAAUUAUCAAUUCCUGUUCCUCUAAAAACGCCUCAAAAUAUGUAAAGCUCCCCAAAAUCGAAGAAGACAGAAUAUUCAACACUUUAAAUGUUUUAUCAAAGCUACAUCCUAAAUUUGAGGUUGUGAGUCACAAUUUGCAUCAUCUAAUGAAGAUUGACUCUCUUCAGAAAUUCAUGCGUUCGAAUAUUUAUCAAGAAGCACUAUCUACUUUUAUUGAGCUUUAG